AUGGAGGAUAGGACAGCAGGAAACCACUGCACAAUGAAUGAGUUCUUCUUAGCUGGACUCUCAGAGAAGCCAGAACUCCAGCUUCCCCUAUUCAUCCUCUUUAUAGGAAUCUAUCUGAUCACUGUAGCAGGGAACUUGGGCAUGAUCAUACUGAUUGAGCUCAGUUCCAACCUACACACACCCAUGUACUUUUUCCUCAGCAGUCUGUCCUUCAUUGACUUCUGUCAGUCCACAGUUGUUACCCCUAAAAUGCUAGUGAGUUUUGUGACAGAAAAGAAUCUCAUCUCCUACCCUGGAUGCAUGGCUCAGCUCUACUUCUUCACCACUUUUGGCAUUGCAGAGUGCCACACAUUAGCUGCAAUGGCAUAUGACCGAUAUGUUGCCAUCUGUAAUCCUCUGCUUUACAAUGUAACCAUGUCCUAUCAGAUGUACUGUUCUCUUGUUUCAGGGAUAUAUGUUUUUGGUUUGUUCUGCGCAUCUGUAAGCACUGGCUUCAUGAUUAGGAUUAAGUUCUGCAACUUAGAUGUGAUUAACCACUAUUUCUGUGAUCUUCUUCCCCUCUUGAAACUUGCAUCCUCUAAUACCUAUAUCAAUGAAAUAUUGACUCUAUUUUUAGGUACAUUAAAUAUCUUUAUCCCGAUGCUGACCAUUAUUACUUCCUACGUCUCCAUUAUUGGCAGGAUCCUCCACAUUCAUUCCAGGGAAGGCAAGUCCAAAGCCUUCAGUACUUGUAGUUCCCACAUCUCUGCUGUUGCUAUCUUCUAUGGUUCUGCUGCAUUCAUGUACUUACAGCCAUCAUCAGUGAGUUCGAUGAACCAAGGGAAAGUGUCCUCUGUGUUUUAUACUACUGUUGUGCCCAUGCUGAACCCAUUAAUCUACAGCCUGAGGAAUAAGGAUGUCAGUGUUGCACUGAAGAAAAUACUUGAAAGAAAAAAAUUCAUAUAA